AUGAGUUCAGUUUCUCCAAAACAAUCAGAAGAAGGCGAUGAGGGGAAAAAAACGAAUACGAUGGAGAACAUAAAGCACAUUCCAUUCUUCUUUAUAUUUUUAUGCACUUUAUGCAUGUCUACAAUCUAUGCAAAUACAACUGUUUAUCAAUCAACUAUCAAUUUUCUUCACGAAUUCCGUAACUCGUCUGAAUCCGAUUUUUACGAAGAAGUGGACAAUCAAUAUGACCCAGAAAAACAAACAUCUCGAGAUGUCAUUGUCAAAUACGUUUACUACCUAUCAAAUCCACAAAAGGAAUCCCUGAUUACUGUAACUUCAGUUGGUACUGUACUUGCAGCUACUCCCAUCACUUAUGCUUAUAAUAAUAUGGGAUUCAGAAGAAGUUUUGUAAUGUGUGCCUUCAUCAGUAUAAUUCCUGCCCUCUUUUUCCCAAUUUGUGUGAAUGCGAAGACGUAUCUUCUUGCUAUUAUCCUCCGUAUACUUCAAGGAUGUUCUCUUGCUGCUUUCAUUCCAUAUAUCUGCAAGCUAUCAGUCUUUAUUCCAUUCGAUCAUUUCUCAGUUCCAGUCAUAGUUUUUGCAUAUUCACAUAUUUCCGAAAUCUUCGUUCAUCCAAUUGUCUCUCACAUGGCAUCCUCCUCUCUUGGUUGGCAUUCCGCUCAUUAUGGAGCAGUUAUCACAAUCGUCAUCAUUUUCUUUGUUUUUGUUUUGAUUCAUUUUGAUGAAGACUUCAAAGAGAGAGCUGGAACAAUUGGAUUCUGUAAUGCAAUGUUUGAAUAUGAACGUACACGUUCCCGUACUUUCGACCUUCGUAUUCCAUAUCUAUCAAUAUAUCAAGACUUCCGAAUCUGGGUCAUCUUCUUCACUUCAUUUGCAUACGGUUGUGCUCUCCAACUUUUCUAUCAAUUUGGACCGACAUUCUUCCACAAAGUCGUGGGGCAUUCAGAAAUUUCAUCCGCUUAUUUCACGAUAAUUGCCCCAAUUCUAAAUCUGAUUACUUCGUGUUCAUCGGUUUAUCUCUAUGAGAAACUUGCCAACAGUGAGCAGAACAAAAUGCGUUUUUUCAACACGAUUUCAUUCGGAACAUGCGGAAUUUUUCUGUUUGCUCUUGGCUUCUUUGACCCAGAGCAUCACAAAUAUAUUGUGACGGUAAUGUACAUUCUGGCUUCUUCUCUACUCGGAUGUUCGUAUGCUGGCCAUCUGAAAAUGAACCAACUUCGAUCUGGACAUCUACAUCUUUUCCUUCUUGUUAAUAUAUUUAUUGUCAAUUCAGCUGCGAUGUUCUUCUCUUCGCUUCUCAAUGUUCUUAUUGCCAAGAACACAGAUUACUCAUCUUGGUCAACUCUCUUCAUCGUUCAUGCAAUAUUUCUCAUCAUCGCCAAUAUCAUUUUCUUCUUUUUCUGCUCUUCAGAAAGAGCAAAUUGGGCAAAAGAAGGGUACGAAGACUCUUCAAUUCAGCCGUAUCGCGAUGAGCCACUUCCUCAAUUCCCAUUGUAA